AGUGUAGCGUACUUUGUACACGCGCAUAAUAUUGUUGCAGUAUCGAGUUUCAGACUGUGAACAUUUCUACAGCUAAAAACAAUACCACACGCAGUUAUGACAACUGGAGGUUUCGAUUGCAGGAGCUACGAUUUAAAUUCCUACGCCUCUAAUAUCCUAAAGAGACGCAUUGAGCGUUUCAGCACUGUAUACGCGUGCUGCUUCAUCACAGCUGCGGAGGCGGCCCUUGCCGAUGGCGUGACAGAUGCACCGGCCGAGGGGGAAGCGCCCACAGACAUGCUUCUGACAGCCAGCAGCACAGGCGAUCUUAGGCUCUACUGGCUGUCUGAUCUGGUUCAAAAGUGGACGGCCACCACCGCCUCCGGAGCCUCCACCACCACGUUUCCCCUGCAGGCCCCUGAGGCCGCCAGCUGCGGCAGCUGGGCGGCCCACCAGGGACCCGUGUACUGCCUCGCUAAGGUCCACACAGGCAGCGGCUUGGUGAUCCUGAGUGGCGGAGACGACGGCUACGUGCGGGGCUGGCUGAUGUCGGACGUGCUGCGGCACGUACAGGCGGCCACUAGGGACCCUCAGCGGAACACGACCCACAGCAGCGCCGCAACCGCAAACGAGACGCACCAGCACCAGCAACCCGGACUCCAACACCGGCACCAGCAGGCUUCGGAGCUGGGCUCCACGGCACCUGCUGGGCCCCCAGCCCAUCUGGCGGUGCGUAUGCCCCGGGCGGAGAGCCCUCUGGCAGCUAGCUCCCUGCCCCCGGCAGUGCAGGCCCUGGCACCUGGCAGAGCGGGCAGCGGCGCCGUGGGGGUCUUUGUGGGCUGUAGCGACGGCGGUGUGCACUGUCUGGAUCUGUCGUCCGGCGGACCCGUGGGUCACUUUUCGGGGCCUGGUCACGUGGCGGCGGUGAUGGCUAUGGACUUGCACGAGCCCAGCAGCUGCCUGGCGACCGGCUCGGAGGACGGAACCGUGCGGCUGUGGGACACGCGGGCGGCAGCGGCCGGGGGGGGCGGCGGUGCGGGCCGCUGUGCUCGCGUGCUGGAUGGCGCUGCGGGUCGCGAUGUGGCGGGCGGUGGCGGCGGCGCCGAGGUGCUGCGCUGCCUGCGCAAUCCCCCGGUGACCUGCCUGCGGUUCGACACCAGCGGCAGCUGGUUGCUGUCCGGACAGGGGGGUGCCGCUGGCGGCGGGGGCGGGACGGGCGCUGGGGGCGGCAGCCUCGGCAUGUGGAACCUGGGCAUGGUGCAGCGAGUACGGCAGGCGCCGACGAGCUUUGUACCGCAGGCCAUGGCAGUGCAGCCCGCGGAGGUCCUGGUGGUGGGCAGUGAGCAGGUCCUCAGCAGGUACAGCUGGGGCCUGGAGGGGCCCGCGCAGCAGCCCCUGACCACCCGCUCCGCGUUCGCACUGGACGUGCACCCGCUCACCGGUGCGGUGGCGGUAGGCGGAGUGGGGGCGUCCCUGGAGCUGCUGUCCAAGUACGGCAAACGAACCGGCGGCCUUGCCUUCAUAUCGGAUGAGGACUGA